ACAUGAAGAUGCUGCUCAGCUUUGUGCUCCUCUCCGUCCUCGUCCCUUCAGGGCUGUCACUCUCUUGCUAUGUGUGCAAUUCUGUGCCGACUAAUGAAGAUUGCAACGGCAGCAACAACACUCAGAUGUGUUUGGCGCCAUUGGACAUAUGCAUGACUGUCGUCGACAUUGCAGGCACUAAGAAAGCCAUAUCAAAGUCGUGUGCCAGUAAGGCGACCUGCAACGGGGCGGCCGGGUCCGCCUCGGUCGACUCCAACGGGAACGGGAACACCGUGAACUGCUGCAACAUCUUCAACUUAUGUAACUUCAGCGGAGCAGAGUCCAUGCACACACACACCACCCUGCUGCUGCUGCUGCUGACUGCAGCUGCUUUAUUACUGCUGUCACACUGAGUCAGCGGGUCGUACGACCAAUGCUGUCAGACGAUAUGGGAGUUACACUGCUGCUCUGUAUAGAAAAGUAUUUUUAUAAAUGUCUAUGUCUCAAUAGUGAUUUUAUGUAAUGUAUGCUCUUUAGUUGGAGUUACGCUUUAAACACACACAUCUUCUUAUUAAGACUGUCUUCACAAGUAUAAUAUAUUACAUCCUGACCUUCCUAUGAAUACUGAUUAAUAUAUGUGAAAGCCUUCAUAGAUAAUGCAAUAGGCUAUGGCUCUUAUAUAUUUCCUUUGAAAUCUGAGGAAUUUCAGGCUGUACUAUUCUUACAAAACUACAGCUCAAAAAUGAAUUCAGAGGGUCAUAAUCUCAUAAACUAUGCAGCAGUUUGUCUUGCCUAUAUGCAACCUUACAUUUUAUAUGCAGAAUUUUCUAGGAAGACCUCAUUCUCCCUUUUGAAAACUUUACUGCAAUUACGGGAUUACCAAAUUCUAAUUUUUGGUAAUAAAAGACUUCAAAUAAUUCCUAUUCCUGAUACAAAAUUGCAACUUUGAAACCAGAGGAGGACAUUUUCAGGUUUUACAAUUAAUUUAAAUCUGUGUAAAACUUCUAGAAUUGAAGGUUUGAAGGCAACCCAAAUAACUUAAAGUAACCCAUUGUAGAACUUACAAGUAAGUAAGAAAAUGCAUUUAAAUGAGAAAAAUAAAAUGGUCUUCAUCAAAGUGACUCUUCUCCAAAUGGCCACAUGUACAUUAGAUAACAUCUAUAUAUAGCGUAUC